AUGCCAUGCCGACGAGUGCGAAAGACGACUGACGCCCAAGCCCAUGCACCCACUGACUGGAUGUUCGUGGCAGAUGCGAUGGCCAGCGGCCUUCGUGCUCGUCCUGCAUGUCGCUCGGGUUCGAGUGCUUAUACGAACCCACGAGUGACGUCUGUCGAACACAAGUUGCAGCGGCUCAAUGAUGCGUUCAGGGGCCACCUCUCGCUGUGCCCAAACAAUUACCCAUGCCACCCCACAAGCAGCACUCCUGCGCCGGGAGGAGCGACGCGUGCAAGAGAGACGCAAGCUACCGGUCUGGAGGAGCCGCAAGAUGAAGACGCUUCUACCAAUGGCAUGGCCAUGACCUUCAUCGAAGAGCAAAGUUCGGCUUUCUUUGGCGAGUCCUCUAACAUCAACUUCACGCAGCUUCUUCUUUGA